CAAAGCCAUGAAGGGGACCGCGCAUUAAAUUCGGCUGUUUGGAAUAUAAGGGAGCCAACAAUUCACUCGUUGGUGGAAGCGUUAUCCUUGCUGAAUUAUCCAAAGCACCACUCGCUUUAGCCGGGGAUGUGUGAGGCGAUCCACGAUUUGAAGCUGGAGAAUAUCGAGGAUAGUGAUGAAGGUGAGGUGGAGCAUGGAAAUUACGAUUUUGUGUAUCCGACGGCAAUGCCUCUGUCCAAUCGGGGCUGCGGACAUUCUUCUCAGUUGUGGAGGGAUGGCUUGGAUGCGGCAUAGCGCGAUGGUAAUUCGAUGGUGAGGAAUCGUGGGGAAAAUCAACUUGGGAAUGAGGAAGAGGUGGACAGAAGGCGGAAUUCUUCGAAACAGUAAGAGUCUGAUUAGAUGCAUUGGCCGAUGGGGAAUUUCCAUUUUGUUUGCAUUCACCAAUCGGUUUAAGGCCAGCAAGAGCCUCACGUAAAUCUCCAAGAGGUACACGGAAGGGCGAUCGAGGAUUGGAAAUAA